AUGUCCAACAACAACGACAGAUCAGGCCGCGAAGACAACCCAAACGACGACGGUUCCAACGCUGCCGGUUCUUCUACAGCCCACGAAUUGUACUAUGCCAGGCAUGGCAUUAUUGACCCAACAAAGAUUCUUCCGAACGGUCGACUUUACAUCCAUCUCAGCCAAACAGAGAAGGUCGCCACCUAG